UAGAAAUAGAAAGAGAAUGGGAUAUUAUGAAUCUCUAAAUCAGAAGCAACUGCUUAUCUUCUACAGUUCGAAGAACGUCAGAAAAACUUGCAAGCUACAGCUGAGGGACGGAUUUACCGAUAAUCUUUUGCCAUAGCUUUAAUCAUGCGCUUUGUUCUUCAUCAACAACAGUGUUUUUCUUGAAUUUGAGCGCUUAGUGGAGCUUUUUUCUGUUCAAAAUGGCCAUCGGCAGUUUGGUUUCUAAUCGGAACUUCGGUUCCUUUGUUGGUUCAGGAAAACUGUGCAAGAUCGAGAGAACAGUUUCUCACUCCGCAGUAGAACGUUCAGUAAUUUUUGCAGCUCAAUAUGGAAAAUCGAAUAUGUUUUUUAGGAAGUCACAUGGUUUGAGAUUAAGUAGUUGUUCUCCUAAGAUCUCAUGUUCCACAUUUCUUCAUGCAAUGACCCAAGAUGGGAAAAUCUUGAAGCCACCGGGAGUUUGUACAGAUAAAACUGCUGGACGAAGAUUGCCUUUUGUCCAAAGCACCAUCAGUUGGUCAAGAAGAAAAUCCAGAUGUUAUCCUCACUGUACUGCAGCUUGCAUUCUUACGAGUGGACCUAGUUGGCUGCAAUGCCAAAACUUUCGGCAUGUUAAGGUCAACCAAACUUCUGCUCAUUACAAGUCAAAUGACUUUGAUAUAACGAAAGGAGAUGUGGAUGCAUUGGCAUGGGCAGAGGGGUCAGGUGAUGCACUUUUUAUCGAAGGCAAUGACCAGAUAGUAUCACCUUGGUGGGAUCGUUUUCCCAAACGCUGGGUGAUUGUGAUGCUUUGUUUUUUCGCCUUUCUACUCUGCAAUAUGGAUCGUGUGAACAUGAGUAUUGCCAUACUCCCAAUGUCAAAAGAAUUUAAUUGGAACAGUGCAACAGUUGGCUUGAUCCAGUCAUCCUUUUUCUGGGGCUACCUUCUAACACAGAUCGUUGGGGGGAUAUGGGCAGACAAAAUUGGUGGGAAGCUUGUGUUGGGUUUUGGAGUAGUAUGGUGGUCGAUAGCUACUAUAUUGACACCAAUUGCUGCGAGAAUUGGGCUUCCUUUCCUGCUUAUGAUGCGUGCUUUCAUGGGAAUUGGUGAGGGUGUUGCUAUGCCUGCAAUGAACAAUAUUAUAUCAAAGUGGAUUCCUGUAUCAGAGAGAAGCAGAUCGCUUGCACUGGUGUACAGUGGCAUGUAUCUGGGUUCUGUAACGGGCUUGGCUUUCUCACCAGUGCUAAUUGACAAAUUUGGAUGGGCAUCUGUGUUUUACUCAUUUGGAUCUCUCGGAAGUAUAUGGUUUGCACUGUGGCUGACAAAAGCGUAUAGUUCUCCAAAAGAAGAUCCAGGUCUCAGUGCACAGGAAAAGAAAAUUAUCUUUGAUGGAAGCAUUUCGAAGGAACGAGUGGAAGUUAUUCCGUGGAAAUUAAUUUUAUCAAAAGCACCUGUGUGGGCUCUUAUAAUCUCCCAUUUCUGCCAUAACUGGGGAACCUUCAUUCUGUUGACAUGGAUGCCCACAUACUAUAACCAGGUUUUGAAGUUCAACCUCACCGAAUCUGGACUCUUAUGUGUACUGCCAUGGUUGACCAUGGCUGUUUUUGCAAAUAUAGGAGGAUGGAUUGCAGACACGCUAAUCAGCAGAGGUUUUUCCAUCACUAGAGUUCGAAAGAUCAUGCAAUCUAUUGGAUUUCUGGGACCAGCUUUCUUCCUUACUCUGCUGAGCCGUGUUAGAACACCUGCUAUGGCAGUGUUAUGCAUGGCAUGUUGUCAGGGAUCUGAUGCAUUUUCACAAUCUGGUCUCUACUCCAAUCACCAAGAUAUUGGACCACGAUAUGCUGGAGUAUUGUUAGGAUUAUCAAACACCGCCGGCGUGCUCGCCGGUGUCUUCGGUACAGCUGCAACCGGAUACAUUCUCCAACAAGGUUCAUGGGACGAUGUAUUCAAGGUGGCAGUUGCAUUGUAUAUCAUAGGCACAUUAGUGUGGAAUAUCUUUGCAACGGGAGAAAAAAUUAUCGAUUGAGAUGGACGGAGGAUCUGUCUGUGCCUAAAUUUUAUGGAGAAAAAGAGAGAGGUAAGUAAGAAAAUCCCACCCUAAGCCCUAUCAAUUUUUCUUUUUCCAUGGCUGGCUCUCCUGGCCACAGCUUUCUGGGUUGGCUCCAAAAAGGUAAAGACCAAAAAAUGAAAAGGGACCAUAUACAAAUUAUCACCCUCUUUUUGCUUUUUCUUCUUAUAUAUAGUGAAGUUGUUUGUUCCCAAUUUCCCAUUUAUAGCGUUGGCAUAAAAAUACAUGACCAUUAGAAUGUGCCAAUUCCAAAUCACUAAUUCCAUUAUUGUUUGUCAUGUUUACUCUGGUUAUUGCCAUUUGGAGCCCCUUUAUUUACUUUUAUCUUUCAUCAA